AGAUUGAGAACACACUAAUCACUUUGCUUUUUACUAAUUAAACAAAGAGAGAAAAAAAAAGAGAUGGGGCACCAUUCAUGCUGUAAUCAACAAAAGGUAAAGAGAGGGCUUUGGUCCCCAGAGGAAGAUGAAAAGCUCAUAAGAUAUAUUACUACUCAUGGCUAUGGCUGCUGGAGUGAAGUCCCUGAGAAAGCUGGGCUACAAAGAUGUGGAAAGAGUUGUCGUUUGAGAUGGAUCAAUUAUUUGAGGCCUGAUAUUAGAAGAGGAAGAUUUACCCCUGAAGAAGAGAAGUUGAUUAUCAGUCUCCAUGGAGCUGUAGGCAACAGGUGGGCACAUAUAGCAAGUCAUUUACCUGGAAGAACAGAUAAUGAGAUAAAGAAUUACUGGAACUCAUGGAUAAAAAAGAAGUUAAAAAAGCCUUCAAAACCAUCAACAAACACAACUAUAACUGAUCAUCACCAACAACAGCAGCAUCAAAGAUCUCCAUUGGCUAAUUAUAACGCAAUUACAAGCCAACAAGAUAUAUUCUUUACACAAGAUAUUGGAACAAAAUCUCAAGUGCUCCUCCAAGAUUCAGCCCUGUUCACUUCUCCAAACCAAUUAUUCUUUUUCGACAGUGGUUCACUCGACUCUAUGACAAAUGUUAUUAAUGAUGCCACAAACCGAAGUACGAAUAAUGCAGCUUUAUUUCAAGAAACAUCAGUGUUAAACUCAGAGUUUUGCUGGCAAGUUGAUCAAGUGCAACAACAGCAACAUCAAGUACAGACAGCAUACGCGAUAGGAAUGGAUUCGAAUUAUUUGCCACCGUUGAUAGAGAGUAUGGUACCACCCAUGGAAAUACCCCAUAGUAGUAACAAUAAUUUGAUGGUGGAAGGGCAAGGAAAUAACAAUCAAUUGAAUGAAUGGAGUAGUCAAGUGGACACACAACAAUGUUGUCCAAGUUAUCUAUUUUGGGAUCAAGAAAAUGAACCACUUGGAGGGGAUCAUGAGAUUAUAGAUCCAAGUACAUCAAACAAUAUGGGACAAAUUUUAUCUUCUUUUCCUUCUUCUCUAUGAUUGCAACUUCAUGAGAGUGAAGAUUGAGUUUUUUUUUUUUUUUUUUUUUUUUUUUUUUUGAAUUAUUUCGGAAGGUUUGUUAUUAAUUGAGUUGUGAGAUAGAUAGAGAGUGAAAUGAAAGGUGUUUGCAACAGCAUGUUAAUUAAAAGUGUUUCUUUGGA